UCCUCACUGCUUUGAGCGCAGCACCCUCCGCUCAUUCUCCUAUGUCUUCAUGGACAUAAUAAUCAUAGCCGCCCUCGUCAACGCCUUCCAAACAGCCGAUCUAUACAUCUCACCAGAACACAUUUCUCUUCCACACCCUUUCCUGUAUCGGAUCGCUAAAUUCUGCCUCUGGACGUUUUAUGGAUUCUGCGUUGGUUUGCCUGCGACCGGAUUGUGGGUUCUUGCCCAUGAAUGUGGCCAUCAGGCCUUUUCGCCCAGCAAGACGAUCAACAAUGCUGUUGGAUGGGUUUUGCAUUCUUCCCUCGGUGUUCCAUUCCACUCGUGGCGUAUCUCUCACGCUAAACACCAUGCUCAUACCGGCCACAUGACCGAGGACCAAGUCUUCGUCCCCAAAACCCGAUCAAACCAUCCUUAUGGCGUUCCCAAAUUCAAUAAAGAAGGCGAAGACCUCCAAGGUUCCCACGUCUCCAUUGGAGUCCAGAACCAACUUUGGGAAGCUCUAGGUGACUCACCCAUCAGUGCCGUCCUAUGGUCCACGGCGCAGCUUUCACUUGGUUGGCCCUUGUAUUUGACGAUCAAUUCGAGCGGUCAAAAGUGGUAUCCUCGUGGAACGAACCAUUUCAAUCCCUGGGCGAGGGCGUUAUUCAAGACGACCGAGUUGGGACAGAUUUUGAUUUCGGAUGUGGGAGUUGCGCUUUGGUUGGCUGGGAUGUGGUAUGGUGCCAAGACGUAUGGAUUGCAUAACAUGCUUUCGUAUUACUUCGUUCCGUAUCUUUGGGUUAACCACUGGCUUGUGAUGAUCACUUUCCUCCAACACACUGACCCUCUCCUUCCUCAUUACCGUGGCAACGCAUUCACCUUCCCCCGCGGUGCCCUUUCCACUUUCGACCGUAGUCUCAUGGGAGGCCCAGGCAUCCUAGGAAGCAUCAUGGGCUGGUUCGGAGCCACCCUCACACACGGUAUCUCAGAGACCCACGUCUGUCAUCACGUCUCUUCCAAAAUCCCCCAUUAUAAUGCUUGGGAAGCGAACGCUGCGUUGAGGAAGAGGAUCUCGCAGGAAGGAAUCGAUUUGGAUGGUGGUCCCGGCACCUGGGGCGAGGUAGUAAGGAUCAUUCAGGAGUGCAAGUUUGUGGAGGAUGAAGGGGAUGUGGUAUUUUAUAAGAAUGCGAGAGGGUUUGCGAAGAGGGUCGCUGUGUUCAAGGAGCAGAGCGCUUCGGCUUCUGAUUCGGGGAUUGAUGUUGAUGAGGAAGGGGAUAAGAAGACUGCUUGAGAAAAUGUGCGGUUUCUUGUGUGGUUGUUCUGCUUUGAUGAUUACAUAGGUCUUGCUUUUUUUAUCCCCACUGCUCCUUAUGAAUCCUUUCACGUCCUCCCUUCAUCCUCUCAGACUCUUCAGUGGUG